AUGACGGACAUAUCCGACGCUGCGCCUCCCGUAGUGGUCCAUACACUGCCAUCUUUGAACCCGCCACUAUUUUUUGAGAUUGUAGAAGACCAAGUCUAUCGCUCCAACAAGUGUGACGCGUCGUCGUUUCCGUUUCUUGCCACUUUGCAACUUAACACGGUCGUAUAUCUCUCGUAUGACGACCUUUCACGCGAGUUGGCCGCUUUCUUUGCCGAAAAAAACAUCAAUGUGAUUCACCUGGGGAUGAAAUAUCGUACGGUUUUAUCACAAUGGCAGGGGAUCUCGGAGGGAAUGGCCAAAGAGACUGUCGAGUGUAUUUUAGACCAAAGACGUCAUCCAAUUCUUGUCAUGUGCAAGACGGGUGUGCACUUUGCUGGAACUAUGAUCGGCUGUCUUCGACGAUUACAGAAUUGGAGCAUGACGUCGACUAUUGACAAAUAUCGUAACAUUGCCGGCAGUGUCAAGACGAGAUUCGAGAACGAGCAGUUUAUCGAGUUGUUUGACGUGGAUUUGGUCACGCUGCCGCAGCAGUUACCGCUCUGGUUCACAGUCCACCAGCGACUAAUGGAAGAGGAGCGAAUUGCGCUGGCAAAAGGCGAGUUUUUCCCAGGACGAAGUCUUGAGAAUGUGAAAGGACCACAUUAUGAAGAAAGCGUAACAAAGGUAGACGGAGAGAAUCGACCAGAAGGUGACGACAUCUCCGUACAGACUCCUACAGAUUUACCAGUUCUGGCGUACCAGAAGUAUUUCUUCAAUCUCCAAGGUCCACUUGUGUCUCCAUCCGUGAAAUUCUCCGAGAAGAAGAGCAUUAUUGGUGAUGAUGACGAUGAUUAA